AUCGUCUUAUCGUGCCUCUCGCUGUCGACGCUGGCACUGCCGGCGUACGCGCCUUAUGAGCCGUACGUUAACGGGGUGCACGGCGGUGGAUACUAUCACGGACCGCCGGCCCCGCUGGCCCACGACGGCCGGGUGAUCGACACGCCGGAAGUGGCCCACGCCAAGAAGGAGCAUCUGGCGGCGCACGCCGCGGAGGCUGCCAAAACGGCGCACUACGGGGGCGGCUUUUACGGUGGCGGGGACGGGGGUUACUACGGGGACGGAGGGUUCGGCGGAGGAUACGGAGGAGGAUACGGCGGGGGGAUAGGAGCCGGCGGACACCUCGGCUACGCCGUCGGACACGGCAAGUACCACGGCCCGCCGGCGCCGCUCGGCCACGACGGACGCGUGGUGGACACGCCGGAAGUGGCCCACGCCAAGGCCGCGCAUCUGCACGCCCACGCCGCGGAGCUGUCCAAGCAUCUGCCGUACGCGACCUCCUACCCGCACGUCUUAUAUUGA